GAAAAUUUAAGUAAGAGCAACGCAUAAACAGAUCAAAUUCAUUUUUGAUUAAGACAAAAGUUGUAUUACUCUAGUACUUCAAUUAAUUGGUUUGGCCCUGUUGUUAUUAUAUUUCAACCACUGUAUCCAUCCCUAGUGUUGAGAGCUGAUUUCAUAGUAAAUAAAAGUAUCAUUUAACGGGGAUUAAUCAAAUAUCUAAUCAAUUUAUUAUUUACCCACAAACAUCAUUAAUAAUUCAUAAAGUUUCAUAAUAAAAAAUACAUCAUUGACUACGAAGAUCACCUAUAAGAAUUAACUAUAAUGAGUGAGAAGGAGCUUCAAUCAAAGACCGUCAAGAAAGACGUCCAGGAAAUAUCCAAUGCAUCUGAGAAGAUAACCGAAACUCCCGUUGUUGCCACCAAGGAAAUUGAAACUAAAAUUGUAAAUAAUGACAAGGAAAAGAAGAAACAAGCAUUCAUAACCAGAACCAUAUGGACGAUUGUGAUGAUUGGCUAUUUCUUUGGAGUAAUUGCUGGGGGUCAUCUCGCCCUUAUUGCCACUGUGUUUAUUUUCCAAACUCUUACUUUUAAAGAAAUCAUUGCUUUAACCUCUGAACCAGCAAGAGAUAAGAAUAUUCCUUAUAAUAAAUCAUUAAAUUGGUACUUUUUGUUUGCCAGUGUUUAUUAUUUGGAUGGUGAAAGUUUUAUACAUUUCUUUCAAGAAACUAUUUACUCAAACAAAUUGUUAUCAAUUUUAGCAAUUCAUCAUAAAUUAAUUUCUUAUUCUCUUUUCAUUGCUGGAUUUAUUUUCUUUGUUUGGACUUUGAAAAAGGGAUUUUACAAGUUUCAGUUUGCUCAAUUAUGCAUUACCCAUAUGACAUUAAUUUUAGUUGUUUUCCAAAGUCAUUUAAUUAUGGAUAACAUUUUAAAUGGUAUCAUUUGGUUUGUCCUUCCUUGUUCUUUGGUUAUUGUUAAUGAUAUUUUCGCAUAUCUUUGCGGAAUUACCUUUGGUAAGACUCAAUUGAUUGAAAUUUCACCUAAGAAGACAGUUGAAGGAUUUGUAGGUGCUUGGAUCUUUACUGGGAUUUCUGCCCUGAUCUUUUCACAUUUUGUUAGUAAAUCAAAUUAUUUAAUUUGUCCUGCUGAAAAUUUAUCAACAACUAUCUUUGACUUCCCAGCUUGUGAUCCAAAUCCUGUUUUCAUUGCUCAAUAUUAUCAAGUUCCAAAAGAUUUAGUGGAAUACUUAAACGUUGAAUAUUUAAUGUUUAAACCAAUCUAUUUCCAUGCUGCUAUUUUGGCAACUUUCGCAUCUUUAAUUGCACCAUUUGGUGGAUUUUUCGCAUCUGGAUUGAAAAGAGCUUUUGGAAUUAAAGAUUUUGGUGAUACUAUCCCAGGUCAUGGUGGUGUAACUGAUAGAAUGGAUUGUCAAUUUUUAAUGGGUUCAUUUGCUUAUUUAUAUUACCAAACAUUCAUCUCGACACAUAGCGUUAAUGUUGGCACUGUUUUACAAAUGGCUGUGAUUAAUUUAACGGUUCCUCAAUUGAUUCAACUUAUUAAAUCAUUGUUGAAAUACUUGCAUAAUUCAAGUACAAUUGAUGAAGAAACGUAUAGUAAGAUUGUUGAACUUUUAGGUAAUUAAAAGGACU